AAAACCAUCCCGCGCUCGCGUCCGCUAAACCCCGCUGUCCUAGCUUUCCCGGGCUGCGCCACACUAGGGCCGUGCCCUACGCGGCAGCGGCCCAUCUCACAGCGCCAGAACCCCGGCAGCUCGGCCACCCUGAAGGACCACAGCCCCCGGCACGCCCCGCAGCGCCGGCCGAGCCACGUGACCCAGCAUCUCCGGGUCCUGCGGUCACGUGACUCGGGAAAGAUGGCCGCGGUGACUGCCGAGAGCUUCGCUGCGCUCCAGAGCCUGCUGAAGGCCUCCUCGAAAGAUGUUGUCAGACAGCUGUGCCAGGAAAGCUUUUCCAGCUCAGCCCUUGGCUCAAAAAAACUCUUGGACGUGACGUGUUCCAGCUUGUCUGUGACCCAGGAGGAGGCAGAGCAACUGCUCCAGGCUCUGCACCGCCUCACCAGGCUGGUGGUGUUCCGGGACCUGUCCUCUGCUGAGGCGAUUCUGGCUCUCUUUCCUGAAAAUUUCCACCAGAACCUCAAAAACCUGCUGACAAAAAUCAUCCUAGAACACGUAUCCACUUGGAGAACUGAGGCCCAAGCAAAUCAGAUCUCUCUGCCGCGCCUGGUUGACCUGGACUGGAGAGUGGAUAUCAAAACCUCCUCAGACAGCGUCAGCCGCAUGGCUGUCCCCACCUGCCUGCUCCAGAUGAAGAUCCAGGAAGAUCCCAGUCUGUGUGGAGACAAACCGUCCAUCUCAGCCGUCACCAUGGAGCUGAAUAAGGAAACUCUGGACACUAUGUUAGAUGGGCUGGGCCGCAUCCGAGACCAGCUUUCCGCUGUGGCCAACAAAUGACGCAGCCAGCUGCCUGCCCCACUGCUGUGCCCAGCAGCUUGGCGUCCGUGGAGCCCCUGCCAACACGCAGACCGCCCUGGUGGCUGCAGCCGCCAGCAGGAGGGUCAGCGGGGAUGGAGAUGGGCUGCCAUCCAGAAGGCACGGUUGGAUUGAGAGGAGCAGCCAUGGCCCAUUGCUGUUCUCCCCACUCAUUGUUUUUCUCUUUCUGAAGCUGCUGAGCAGAAGCUUCAUCAUUGUAGGGCUCUGUGUCUGACUCGGUUGCUGCUGUGGCAGUGUGGCAUUUGCUGCACCAGCUGCCUCUUCGUGACUGGUUGGAAAAACUCAGCCCCACAUUGUGGAGCUUGUCUAACAAGUUCCUUUGCAGCAUUAGUUCCGAUUAGUUCAUUUCCACCCCUGGAACCCAUAGAGGGAAUUGGGUGGGUGCUGCCAGCAUUGCCUCCCUCUCUGUCAGGGAAGCAGACAGAUGCCACAGAGCAGGGCCACCACAGUGUCCUAAGUCCAGAGCCCUCCCGACUCCCUCAGGGAAUCUGAAAGGGAUGCUGGUUCCCUUUUUCAUGAAGUCAGAAGCCCCUUCCUUGAUAAAAUACAGCCACUCCAGGGUGAAGAAGUAGGAAUUAUUGGAAAUAAACAACAGUUCUAAAAACUUGA